GGAGGAGGGGCCCCCGCGUCCCACCCCAGCCGCCGCGCUGCCGGCCGCCAGCCAGAUGCAAAAGCGGCGUAACAGUAACACCAACACCGACAUUGGCGUGCAUUCGGUCCGCCCAGUAGCCGUCCUACUUGCGGCGCCCCUCCACAGUGCCUCCACCUCAGUCUAAGCGCCGAGCGUGUCGACCACCGCCGCGGCCGAGCAGGAGCAGGAGAAGGAGACGAUGUCCUAGGAAGGCGGGGCUGUUGGCCACGCCGGCUUCCAGCCUAGUGCCAAGGUGCACCACCAUCAGCACCUUGGGUCAGGCAGGCACGGCGCAGCCGUGCAGUCAGGCGGGAGUUCCGCACCACCCACCACCCGUCGUCCUGCGCGACGGAUCACCCGGAAACACGUUCGCGAUUGCCUAGCGUACCUCUCCGCCCUGCGUGGCGGACCACCUACAAGCCGCGUCCUAAAGUGAACCACCGAUCCGAAAUAUAGAGUGUAGCCACCGGCAUCUAUCACCCAGAGUUGCUUAUCUCUCCUCAAACCCGGACCUCCAUCCACGGUAACAGGGCUCUGGGGCCGGCCACACCAACGAGGGAUCACCCGACAUCGACCCCACCUAAUAGCCUUGAACUCACAGUCCAUGCCGAAGCAGGCCUCGCUCCCGUGGAAGGCGACUCAUGGAUGAGGCGGCGCUUGGAACGCGUGUAUCUCGGCGAGGGUGGUCCUCGAGUUCACCCGACCGGCCUCGAGAACACCCCGAGCGACGCGACAUCGGCGCCCGGCUACAGCAGACAGGACCCGGAAACACAGGACUUGACCCAGGCCGUCGUGUCGCAGUCGCUCAAUCCCCGGGACUGGAGCCAGGUCGACGUGCUGCAGUGGCUCCGACGCGUCCUCCCGGGCCCGACGCCAGACGAAGUCUUCCAGUGGCUGCGGUGUCCGAGCGGGGCCGUGCUCUCCACCCUCACCAAGAGGGAGAUUAAGGAGCGCGUCGGAGACCCUGCCGGGACUCUUGUGUACGACGAGUUUUGUGACGAGCUCGCCGACGGGGUGGGGGCUCGUGCACCACCCCCAUCGCCCGACCCCACGGGAACUGAACGUCCCUAUUUGUGGCCACAAAAUUGUGGCCACAAACCCGGCGGCCAGAGUCAGCUCAAUCCGACCCGCCUAUAGAACACCUCAUUUCGGGUAAUACGAAAUCCAAAGCCUUCGGGAUGUAAGCAGAAGGCAAGGACAUGUUAGGCACAUAGUCCCUAACAACCCGGAAGGCCCCGGAUGCAUAUAAACCAACACAAUGGGAAUGGGACCCACAUGAAGGACAUCUUUUAUAAGGAUUGCCUACCCUCCAGGCGCCCUCAGCCACAACUGGGCCCCACACCUCGCCCGAAAGUGAACCACACAUUACAAACGAGCCAAGGCAUACGAGGCCAUCUCGAAAGGCUGCUCGGUGGGCGUGCCUACCUACCCAGCACCCUCAGCCACAACUGGGUCAUCAGCCACAACUCGUCCAAAGGAUCACCCACUCAUUACUAGGCACCGGUCGCGAGCGUAAGGGCGAGUGCUGCUCGGCGGGCCCGAAUUCCUACCAGGCGAUCUCAUCAACAACUGGACCCUGGGGUAAAAAAUAAAAACAAUAAAAAAUACCCCCAAAA